ACCGUGGCUCCCUUUGUCUUUCUCAUGCGAUGCAUUCCCUUCGUUUCUUUCAUGACUCAUUUUUUCUGGUCUUCUUCCUUAUUCUACUUUCUGCCCCUACCUACCUUCAUAACAAUACCAGAUACCCGCAUCGCGACCUCCUGAUGUAAAAGUCCUCAUUCAAGGCUUUUUAGUGUUGAACAUUGAAAACCUCUCUACCUCGCGUCGUAGCCCUUCACCCACUACGCAACACCAUUUCUUCUCCGCUUCACGCCAUUGCCCACAGACGUCCGCCACUCUCUUGCUUUCUCUGAGUGUGCCAUCGCAGAACCUCAGAUCCCUAGAUUCGUAGGGGAAGGCGUAGGAAGGAAACAGAAAGAGAAUUUUCCUAAUACACAACUAUUAUCCAUCUCUCCUAAACACCCAAACUCCAAUUCAUCACCCUUGCCGGUGCUUUCUCCCCCUCUUUUCUCAAGAAAACGCUUAGAGACAGUACCAGGACCAGUUCUUUACCCUUCACUGCCGCCCCUCCUCUCUAGAACACAUUGACACAGAGACAGAGAGAGCGAGGAUGAAUCAUAAUCAGCAACCGGGUGAUGGUACGCAUGAAGAUGACGCUGCGCUCUCUGAUUUUCUCGCAUCCUUAAUGGACUACACUCCCACCAUACCAGAUGAGUUGGUCGAGCAUUACCUAGCCAAGAGUGGGUUUCAAUGUCCUGAUGUUCGACUAAUUAGGCUGGUAGCUGUUGCUACGCAGAAGUUUGUAGCUGAGGUUGCAACUGAUGCUCUUCAAUGUAAUCUGGAAUGCAACUACAAGGUUUUGAAGGAGAGGCAUAAGGGUUCGAGCAGAAGCUGGCAGUGCAAGGCAAGACAGGCUGCAGUAGUUAAGGACAAAAGGGAUAAGCAGCAAAAGGAUAAGCGCCUAAUAUUGACGAUGGAGGACCUCUCAAGAGCACUGCGUGAGCAUGGCGUGAAUGUGAAGCAUCAAGAGUAUUUUGCUGAUAGCCCUUCAACUGGGAUGGAUCCUGCUUCAAGGGAUGAAUGAGCUUUGGGUUGAAUCUGUACUCAAUUCGUUUUUGAAGUUCUAUGAUAUAUAUCGGUUGUGGAAGAAGUGCAGGAGUGCAAAAUAACUAUGCGAUCUAAGUUUUAUUCUGUCUGAAUGUUGGUCGAAUGGAGAUUUUAUACCUGGUUCUUCCCGUUGCUUAUUUAUGCUGCUUUUUGUUUUUUGUUUUUUUAGUGGUUAGGGGGAAAGAAAAAGAAAAAAAAAAUGUCCGUUCCAUUGUCAUGUUGACUGGACAAUCUUUGUUUUCUUCAAUUCUUAGUAAUAAGAUUACUUUUAAAGCU